AUUCUUCCGAAGGAAUGAAUUAAAUGUGCGUCCUCGAGUGCCUGAUUGACAGGGCUACUCCAGGGAAAAAGCAUAUAAGGCACCAGCUGCUGUCUGGAGCUGUGUCUACUGGACAGCUUGCCGGGGACCUCGGGCUGUCCAUGUCCUCUGGAUCUGACUUGGAAUACUGAAAUCAGACAUCACCGCUGCUCUUUAAUAUACAGGUGGACCGGCACGAGGCAGGAUGCUCUGGGGGCUGGCUCUGCUGGCUCUGUGCUCGUGGCCCAGUGCUUCCGCUGGUGACCAGGACGAGGACACUGUCUUUGACCUUUUCAGUAUUAGCAACAUAAACCGGAAGACCAUAGGCGCCAAGCAGUUCCGAGGACCUGACCCCGGGGUGCCAGCUUACCGUUUCGUGCGGUUCGACUACAUCCCCCCAGUGAAUGCAGCCAUGCUGGACAGGAUUGUUGGGGCCAUGCGGAGGAAGGACGGCUUCUUCCUCACAGCCCAGCUGAAGCAGGACCGCAGGUCCCGAGGCACGCUGCUGGCACUGGAGGGCCCGGGGGCCUCCCAGAGGCAGUUUGAGAUCAUCUCUAAUGGCCCAGAUGACACCCUGGACCUCACCUACUGGGUAGAGGGCACCCCGCACGUGGUCUCCCUGGAGGACGUGGGCCUGGCAGACUCCCAGUGGAAGAACAUCACUGUGCAGGUGGCCAGCGAGACGUAUAGCCUGUACGUGGGCUGCGACCUCAUGGACAGCUUUGUCCUGGAUGAGCCCUUCUAUGAGCAGCUGGAGGCAGACAGGAGCAGGAUGUACGUGGCCAAAGGUGCUGCACGGGAGAGUCACUUCAGGGGUUUGCUGCAGAACAUCCAGUUGGUGUUUGAGAACUCUGUAGAAGAUAUUCUCAGAAGGAAAGGCUGUCAGCAAGGCCAGGGAGCUGAAGUCAACGCCAUUAGUGAGCACACGGAGACCUUGCACCUGAGCCCUCACAUCACCACGGAGCUGGUGGGCCACGGUGUGGAUCAGAGGCCAGAGGUGUGCGAGCACUCGUGCGAGGAGCUGGCUAACAUGAUUCGUGAGCUGUCCGGGCUGCACGUCCUGGUGCGACAGCUGGAUGACAACCUGAAGAAAGUGUCCAGUGAUAACCAGUUUCUCUGGGAGCUCAUCGGGGGCCCUCCCAAGAUGAGGAACAUGUCAGCCUGCUGGCAAGAUGGCCGAUUCUUUGCAGAAAAUGAGACAUGGGUGGUGGACAGCUGUACCACCUGCACCUGCAAGAAAUUCAAAACUGUGUGUCAUCAAAUCUCUUGCUCACCAGCAACAUGCGCCCACCCGUCCUUUGUGGAAGGCCAGUGCUGCCCUACCUGCUCUCAUGAGGUGGACGGCGAGGAGGGCUGGUCUCCAUGGUCAGAGUGGACUGAGUGCUCUGUGACAUGUGGCUCUGGAACCCAGCAGAGGGGCCGGUCGUGCGAUGUCACCAGCAAUACCUGCCUGGGGCCCUCCAUCCAGACUCGGGCUUGUAGCCUGGGCAAAUGUGACACACGCAUCCGGCAGAAUGGUGGCUGGAGCCACUGGUCACCCUGGUCCUCCUGUUCGGUGACCUGUGGAGUCGGCAACAUCACACGUAUCCGCCUCUGCAACUCCCCGGUGCCCCAGAUGGGAGGCAAGAACUGCAAAGGCAGUGGCCGGGAGACCAAGCCCUGCAAAGCUGACCCCUGCCCAAUUGAUGGCGGAUGGAGCCCCUGGUCCCCAUGGUCGGCCUGCACGGUCACCUGUGCCGGAGGAAUCCGCGAGCGCGCGCGAGUCUGCAACAACCCUGAGCCGCAGUUUGGGGGAAAGGACUGCGUGGGGGAUGUGAAGGAGUACCACAUGUGCAACAAGAGGAGCUGUCCUGUAGAUGGGUGCUUGUCCAACCCCUGCUUCCCUGGGGCUGCGUGCAACAGCUUCCCAGACGGGUCCUGGUCCUGCGGCUCCUGCCCAGUGGGCUUCCUGGGCAAUGGGACUCAUUGUGAGGACCUGGACGAGUGUGCUGUGGUUGCAGACAUCUGCUUCUCUAUCAACAAAGUUUCCCGCUGCAUCAACACUGAGCCUGGCUUCCACUGCCUGCCCUGCCCACCACGCUACAAGGGGACCCAGCCCUUUGCAGUGGGCCUGGAAGCAGCCAGAACAGAAAAGCAGGUGUGUGAGCCUGAGAACCCUUGUAAGGACAAGACUCACCACUGCCACCGGCAUGCAGAAUGCAUCUACCUGGGGCACUUCAGCGACCCCAUGUACAAGUGUGAGUGCCAGACGGGCUACGCGGGCGACGGGCUCAUCUGUGGGGAGGACUCAGACCUGGACGGCUGGCCCAACAGCAACCUGGUCUGUGCCACCAAUGCCACUUACCACUGCGUCAAGGACAACUGCCCCCAACUCCCCAAUUCUGGACAAGAAGAUUUUGACAAGGAUGGAAUUGGUGAUGCCUGUGAUGAGGAUGAUGACAAUGAUGGAGUGAGCGAUGAGAAGGACAAUUGCCAGCUGCUGUUCAACCCCCGUCAGUCUGACUAUGACAAGGACGAGGUUGGAGACCGCUGUGACAAUUGCCCCUAUGUGCACAACCCUGCCCAGAUUGAUACGGACAACAAUGGCGAGGGAGAUGCCUGCUCUGUGGACAUUGACGGCGAUGAUGUCUUCAAUGAGCGAGACAACUGUCCCUACGUCUAUAAUACUGACCAGAGAGACACAGACGGUGACGGCGUGGGUGACCACUGUGACAAUUGCCCUCUGAUGCACAAUCCUGACCAGAUGGACCUGGACAACGACCUCGUGGGAGACCAGUGUGACAACAAUGAAGAUAUUGAUGAUGAUGGCCACCAGAACAACCAGGACAAUUGCCCCUACAUUUCGAAUUCCAACCAGGCUGACCAUGACAAUGAUGGCAAGGGUGAUGCCUGUGACCCUGAUGAUGAUAAUGAUGGGAUCCCGGACGACAGGGACAACUGCCGACUGGUGUUCAACCCUGAGCAGGAAGACUCAGAUGGUGAUGGGCGAGGUGAUAUUUGUAAAGACGACUUUGAUAAUGACAACGUCCCAGAUAUCGAUGAUGUGUGCCCUGAAAACAAUGCCAUUAGCGAGACUGACUUCAGGAACUUCCAGAUGGUCCCCUUAGACCCCAAGGGGACCACUCAAAUCGAUCCCAACUGGGUCAUCCGGCACCAAGGCAAGGAGCUGGUUCAGGCGGCGAACUCAGAUCCUGGCAUCGCUGUAGGUUUUGACGAGUUUGGGUCUGUGGACUUCAGUGGCACAUUUUAUGUGAACACCGAUCGGGAUGACGACUACGCAGGCUUUGUCUUUGGCUACCAGUCCAGCAGCCGAUUCUACGUGGUGAUGUGGAAGCAGGUGACCCAGACCUACUGGGAAGACCAGCCCAGCCGGGCCUACGGCUAUUCAGGCGUGUCACUCAAGGUAGUCAACUCCACGACGGGCACUGGCGAGCACCUUCGGAAUGCGCUGUGGCACACCGGGAACACCGAGGGCCAGGUGAGGACAUUAUGGCAUGACCCCAAAAACAUUGGCUGGAAGGACUACACCGCCUAUCGGUGGCACCUGAUCCACAGGCCCAAGACAGGAUACAUGAGAGUCUUAGUGCAUGAAGGAAAACAGGUCAUGGCUGACUCAGGACCGAUCUAUGACCAAACUUACUCUGGUGGGCGCCUGGGACUGUUUGUCUUCUCUCAAGAAAUGGUCUACUUCUCAGAUCUUAAGUACGAGUGCAGAGAUGCCUAAAUAAGAUGUGCUGGAUUUCCAGAAAUGUGCUACAAAUGCUGUUGCUUAGACAUCUCAGUGCACCUGGUACUUGUAGCUUUUCUCUUUUCUGUGGAACUCAGUGCUCCUUGACCUUGACUACGAAUGGCUCUUCAGUUCCUUCAUCAGCCCCAAGUCCAAGUGCCUUCAGAUGACAACCAUGAAAGGAACCCAAAGAUGCACAUCCAACCUUCCACCGGAAAACAGUUUGAUGAUGAAAGAUAUUUUAUAUGGAGUGAAAACUGGGCAUGAAAUUGCAUUCCUUUUGCUUGUUUGUUUCAAAAGGUUGAUGUUUACAUAUGAAAUGUAAUUACUUAUUGUAUUUAUGUGUAUAUGAAGUUGAGGGGAAUAUUGUGCAUAAGCCAUUAUUAUAAAUUAAGCAUGAAAAAUAUUGCUCAACUACUUUCAGUGCUUAAUGUUUUCACUAUUCUUGGAUUAGUGCUAUUUUAUAAUAACACCCAAGUCCUGUCAGGUCAACCAUAAGGAAGAGCCGAGUAGAGUUUGAAAUAAUGCCACAGCAAGGACGAGGGUAGGAAAUAAUUAUCAUGUGAGUCUGGCCCAAUAGGGAAUGAUGGGAGAUGUAAACUGACUAACUGGAACAAAGAAAAUAGUGAGAAAAUUAACAGAAUGCCCUUCCCCUUUUUCCUCUCGUCAAGCAAUGGAAGGCUCAUGUUUGGUAGAGAUGGAGUUCUAUUAGAGAAAAUAUCCUACAAAGUGGACCUCUUGUGGCCCUGCUGUGGGCUUGGUGCAGCCUCGGAGUGAAGGCAAGCAAGUGACAAGGUUUUGUCUCAGCUGGCGGCUCCUGUGGGGAGGGCUGCAAACAUUCCUGGCUGCAGACCUCUGGCUCUGUGUAGUCAUCUCAGUGAUGCUUGCUUUGGGCUUCUUUCCUGAUCUCAGUUCCUGGAGAGCAGCCAACCUGAUAAAUGAGGCUUUGGCAACUAUGAAAAAGUUGCUUUUACUUAAUUCAGUAACACAUUUCACUAAGGUUCCAGUUAUAAGUGUUUUGUUAAUAUUUAUUUAAAGAAUAGAGAAUGCAGCUUCACUCACCAAUAACUUACUUUAAACAUGCCAAGUAACACAUAUGUAGUGUAAUUUUUAGAAAUAAAUAUAUAACAAGGAUAUAAUAAUAUGAAAAUAUAGUUACAGCAAAAUAUCUGCCUGUUGAAACACAAGGCUUUAUAAUAUUAUAUUGCCAUGAUAAAAUGUGCUGUAAGAUGUAAUAGGGCAAAUAAAUAAUAAUGAAGAAUUCAUAAUGGAACCUUAAUAUAUUCUGUUGCUGGUGAUUUUAGUUCAAUUUUUUCAUUGUUAUCUAUCUGCUGUAUAUAGUUUUUAAUUUUGAGAGCUGAAGAACAAUCAGCAUUUGGCCUUGCAGGCACAUCCAACAAUCAGUUACACAGUAACAGACUCAAGUUUGGCUUAAUUCUGGCUUGAAGCUGCAUGGUGUGCAGGAGAUUUUAGUUUCUCCCAUUCCACAUGGAGGGUUCGUGGGUUAGUGGAAGUUGUCUCUACUGUCUGACAUGGGACAAAUCUCUUCUCUCUGUUAAUUGCAAUAGCAUUUCUAUGUCAAAUAGAAAGAAUUUAUAACUUGUCUUAAUUUACAUAGUAUUUCAUUUUGAUGCAGUUAUUUUUGUUGCUUCCUUUGAGGUUGGUCCUCUUUUGUCUUGCUGCACUUUUCAUUUUUGUGGAACUGUAUUCCCAGAACCAGCAAGGGGUAGGGAAGCUUCAUUAAAUGUGACAAUUGUGAA